AUGGAUGACAUAUUUAAUGAAUAUGAUGCUAAACUACUAGAAACCUACAUUUCUCCCCUUGGUGAGCAGACUGGGGCAGAGGGAGAGGAGGGUGGAGGAGCCCAACCCCUAGAGGAUCAACCAGACGGGAGGGGUCCUACUGAGGGCCCUACAGAGGUCAGUGCCGAGGGCACAGAGGUGGCUCCAGACUCGCCCUCCAUGCAGCUUCCAGACCAGAUUUCCUUCUUCAGUGGAAACCCCUCAGUGGAGAUAGUCCACGGCAUCAUGCACCUCUACAAGACCAACAAGAUGACAUCACUGACGGAGGACAUGCGUCGCAGUGCCAUGCUGUGUAUCCUGACCGUACCCUCCACCAUGACAAGCCACGACCUCAUGAAGUUUGUGGCACCAUUUUAUGAUGUCAUGGAGCACAUGAAGAUCAUACGAGACUCCACCCCUAACCAGUACAUGGUGCUGAUCAAGUUUAGUAGCCAGGCUGAUGCCGAUAGUUUCUACACAGCGUGUAAUGGCCGUACGUUCAACUCCAUAGAGGAUGCAGUCUGCCAGCUGGUCUAUGUGGAGAGAGCUGAGGUCAUCAAGUCUGAGCAGGGCGCCAGUCUUCCAGUGAUUGAGCUGGCAGAGCUUCCUAAGAGUACCGUGUGUCUGGAGAGGAUGGAUGAGUCAGUGAAUGGGGUACUCACUACACUCUGUAACCACAGCUUCCACAACCUGUGUCUGCAACGCUGGGAGGACGCCUCGUGUCCUGUGUGUCGAUAUUGUCAGACCCCAGAGCCUGUACAGGAGAACAAGUGCUUUGAAUGUGGAGUUCAGGAGAACCUUUGGAUCUGUCUGAUCUGUGGUCAUAUCGGCUGCGGUCGCUACGUCAGUCGUCAUGCCUACAAACACUUUGAGGAGACACAACACACGUACGCCAUGCAGCUCACUCACCGUGUCUGGGACUAUGCUGGAGAUAACUAUUUUCACAGGCUGGUGGCCAGUAAGACUGAUGGGAAGAUGGUUCAGUACGGGUGUGAAGGAGAAACCUGUCAAGAGGAGAAGAUAGAUGCUCUGCAACUAGAGUACUCUCACCUGCUAACGAGUCAGCUGGAGUCCCAGCGCAUUUACUGGGAGAAUAAGAUUGAUCACCUGGAGAAGGACAUAGCAGAGGAGAUCAGCAACAUGAAGGCCAAGUUUAAGGAGACCAUAGAUCGAUGUGAUAACCUGGAGCAUCGGCUGGGAGAGCUGGCCAAGGACAAACAGAGCAUGGACAAGAAGUGUGGUCAGUUGUCGACCCGUGUGACGAAGCUUGGUCAGGAGCUGAAAGAGGAACAGGAAAUUAAUCGCUGUCUGAGCCAGGCCCAGUUGGCUGAAGAUGAGCACAAGGCUAGAGAGACUGGCGAGCGUAAGGACGGGGUGAUAGCAGAGCUCCAGGAGCAGCUGAGAGAUGUCAUGUUUUACCUGGAGACUCAGCAGCAGAUAGGUCUGCCUCCAGAGACCAGGACUGAGAUACAGGAAGGACACAUCAACAUAGGCGCAGCAGCCACUCCCGCCCCAGGACCCUCCACCGUCAUAGGCUGAGGCCGCAGGGGGUGGUCCAAAAAGGGGAGGGAGAGACUAGAUCCUAAUUCUGGGUGAGGGAGAGACUAAACCUAAUUCUGGGGAAGUGGCACAACCAGGAAGUGGAGAGAAGAAGAGAUGUCGGCCUUCACUAAUUACCACAGCCACAAAGUCAUAAACCCUGCCUAUUUCUACAAUUUAUUUUCUUAAAAUGUGAUUUUAAACCGAACCUUAAACCUAGCCUUAACCACACUGCUAACCUUAUUCCUAACCUUAAAUGAAGACCAAACAUUUUUGUUUUCAUAAAUGUUCUAUGAUAUAGCCUAUUUUGACUUUGUGGCUGUGGUAAAACCAGAGAUGUCAGAUGCCUGAAAUGCCCCACCAAAAUUACCUUAUUAAAGUGUGUGUGGUGUGCGUGCGUGUUUGCGCAAUUGUGUGUGUUUGUGCUUUUCAAAUGGACUUUGGCUCCUUUGACAGUACUCUAAGAGGAUGGGAUUAGAAGUUAAGUGUAUAUCUCUGCUUCACGGUGCCCACUUUGACUUCUCCCUCCAUCCUUCUAUAAAAAAAAUCACCUUGUUUUCUUCCUGAAAGGAAGAGAGAUUCAUGUGAAUAAGGAAGUGAGAAGUAGACGAAUACCUCAUGUUUGAAUAUGCUGGCUUUUCUAACUAACUGUCCAGUCAGUUUUUGUAGGUAUGUGUGUUGUUAUAAAUGGGUUUAGAAAGUCUGCUUCCGAGGUUCACUACCAGCUGGUUGUCAGCGUUUGUCAUCUCUGUUUUAUCGAACAUCUGACUCCAAUCUGUUCUCAGGAAACGGAAUGACUCAGUUCUAUCGUGAGAAUGUUUAUUUAUUUUUCAUUUAGAUCAUUUAAUAUGUGACAGAAAACAAACUGAACAUCACUUUAUCUGAGAGAUUAAGUCAAGUGCUGAAAUAUUUAAUUUCUCAAUUUAGCUCUGUGUCAGAGCUGUAGACUUAACAGAUGGGCACAGGUAUAUGUGGCUGAUGCUUUGGCAUUCCUACACUAAUCUGAGAUGUGCACCUGACGUCAAGGGUUGGCCUAUUGCCUGGGCCAAGUCAUUUGAGCAGUCAUGCAAGUUAAGCCUAAGGUUGCAUGUUGGGCAGGUGAUUUUUGACCCAAAAAAAAGUCAAAACAACCAAACUGCAAAGAAUUCCAGUAGCCUAAAGCUGAUCUUUCUGGUUCCUCCCCAUUGUUUAAA